AUGCCCCUGCAGCAGCAGCAGCAGCAGCAGCAGCAGCAGCAGCAGCAGCAGAAGCAGCAGCAGCAGAAGCAGCAGCAGCAGAAGCAGCAGCAGCAGAAGCAGCAGCAGCAGAAGCAGCAGGAGCAGCGACAGGAGCGGCAGCAGCAAAAGCAGCAGCAGGCGAAGCAGCAGCAGAAAGAGCAGCAGCAGCAGCAGGGACAGCAGCAGCAGGAAGAACAGCAGGGUUUGCGCUAA